AACUAGGAAUAUAAUAAUAUAAUGUUGUAUUAUUACGUCUUAUAUUCACAUAAUAUAAUAAUAUGAUCUCCGUAAUAGAAGUGAAAAUUAAAUUUAUUACGAUUAGCUCAAUGAGUGUAUUACACAUCACACGACUAGAAACUAGAAGAAAAUCAUUUAUCUCGUUUUUAAUCUAUUUCUGUGACAUUACAGACAAAAAAAAAAUGCAUAUAAGAUCAUUUACCAAAACAAUUUUAUUUUUAUUAUUACUUGGGCGAUCUGAUUGUGGGUUGAAUUAAAAAAAAAAACCUAUUUUUACGCAAAAAAUACGUAUAAACCCAAAAUUUUUGUUUUGUCAUUUUUUUUACGUAAUAUACUAUAAUGUACAUCGUGCACAUGGUCUCGAUGUAUUCCCAAUGUAUUCCCAUCGAAUGUACUUUGAAAAAACAACGCGAUACACACAAUAUAUCCAUGUCCGUUUAAUAUAUUAUUAUAUAUAUGUGUGUGUAUAGGCGUGUCGUAAACGUACACAUUUUUUAUUUUUUUUGUUUGUUUAUCUAUAUAUCAUAUUGUUUUUGUGUGUUUUCUUUUUUUUUUUUUAUAGGCAUUUUUGUUCGGUGUCCAAAACGUUAUGUACCGAACGGACGGUCGCGAAAACGGCGUCACAAGGAUGCGUGUGCAGGGUGUGUGUGUGUGGGCGACGGCGGCGGCGGCGGCUCGAGGGGGUGCGUGGUUGCGUGUGCGUAUAUAUGUACGGUUUUGACGAGAUUCCGUCCGGAGCCGAAGUCGCCCGAUCAGCGACCCAGGGCGCCGACGGAGGGGCAUAAUCAAUGAAACAGACUUUGUACCGAUCUCUCGCGGUAUACCCGGAACUUUUCACCUCCGCCAGAUACGUCCGAAUAGCACACGACCAGUAACCGUCCCUCGAAAUACUACGCGCCCGGCGUUUUGGUGCACGAUAACGUGUGCGCGCGUACUGAUUCGGUCGCAUCAUAUUAUUAUUAUAUCAUCGUGAUAUUAUAAAAUCUCGAUUUUUUUUCGCCCCGUCUCUCGGAGUUCGUAUUAUCACCACCAUCACCAGUAUAACGUCGUUAUAUACUGUAUUGUACGCGUGCGUUGUGUGAUCCGCAUCACUGUUAUGGUGUUUACGCGACACGGGCCACGUUCCAGAGGACCAAACAUUACAGAAGUCGACGACAAAAAUGAACACCACGGAAACGGCGCUUGAACACACCGAUGUACCCGUAGAGGCGGACUGGGCUCUGGCGGACAUUCCGAACAGCAUCAACGCCACUGGACUCCUGGCCGAAGACUUAGAGGAAUAUGGAGGUUUGACAGAAGUACAAACAUUGAUUUUAGCAUGCGUAGCCACAGUCAUACCUCUGUUCUUAGGGCUACUGCUCGUUCUCGGCGUGAGAAUGGUGUGGAAAAAAUACAAAAAUCACAACACCAACAGCGGCUAUGACAACGACGGACUGCGCCGCGAAGACAGUUGCGAUGCCGUCAAGAGUUCGAGCUUCAUGCAGAGCGCCGAAGAGUUGAAGACCAGCGAAUCGCAGUAUUCCGUUCUGAUGCCAGAUGAUGCGGCGUCGGCGGCGGUGUGUUGCUACGCCGCGGCGAAUGGUGCUUCCGCGCCGCUGCCACCGCUGUUGUACAAUAGUCCGCCCAACAACCGUUUUGGAGACACGAACAAAACGAACCUGAACGGGAGCAUUAUCACGUUGACGAUGAAAAACAACCAUCUGAUUGUGGAAACCGAGGAAAGAGUGCCGGGCGUUUGCAUGGCGUCGGCUGGCGAGGUGGCGGCGGCGGCUGCUGCCGCUGCCGCCGAAGCGGCCGCCAAAUCGAUAGACUACGAGUACGACGACGACGAGUUCGACAUGGAGGCAGAGAUGUUGCGCCGUGAGUUCCGGGAAGCGUCGCUGUUGGCCAACGGCGGCGGGCUGGCCGCACCCGUCGUCAACCCGGCCGUGCUCGAACCCAGCAGCCAGACCCAGGUGGACCUGACCGCGGACCGCCGGCCGACCGCGUCCGCGGCCGCGCAACCGCCGCCGCCGCCGCACCAGCUGCAACUCGCGGCCGCCGACCACUCGAGCGGCGGUUCGUCGUCGGUGGACUCGCGCGUGGCCGAAAUGGCGUACGCUUACGGCAACCAGUCCGAGUACACCGUCGAAGACGUGGCCAGCAAACACGGCGGCAAGACGAUCGCCGCCGUCAAGUCGGUCGCGACUUCGGCGACCGCGGCCGCCGUCAACAACAACAACGACGACGAGUAUCUGGUCGAACAGCGGUUGUUAGGAAACGGCGUGGACGGCGGCGGCGGUGGCGCCGGUAACGGCGACUCGUCCGAAUCGACACCGCCGAACGCCGCCGAUAAUUGCUCACCGGGAGACCGCGGAGUGGCGACGACCGCCGCCGCCACUGCCACCGUCUCCCAGUAAUAAACAUCUCCACUUAUUAUUAUACGUGUGUAUGUGUGUGUGUGUGUGUGACUUUAGGUUUACGUUUGAGCAUAUUUUUAAUAUUUUUUUUUUUUCUAACAACGCCACUUUCGAUCGAAUAUAUAGUUUCUUACGAUCUUAUUUCAGAACGAUAAAAGUGGCACGAGACGACGGGCGACGAGUAGACUGCGCGAGCGAAACCAAACGGAAAACAAAUCAUCUGAAAUCGGUUGCAGUUUCUAAUUAAACGCGAACGAACGAAAUUAUGUAUUAUUGCGUGUCUUAUGCUUCACGUCGCAGAGUUAAACGGAUUGUGUAUUUAAUGUUUUCCCCGUCCAAACCGAUCGACGUCUGUCUAUAAUAUCGAACGAAAAAAUUCUGGUAACGUUAUUUUAAGAUUAUAAUAAAUCGUACGACUGGCCUUUUUUUAAACCGUCGACUCGAGGAGACGAUUAGGAAUUCUGACGUUACGACCGCAUAAACAUUAGCCAAAACCUGCACUGAUCGAUCUCGACACUGCAGUCCGCAGGUCAGACUUUUUACCCGUAACGGACGUGACUAAUAUCGAUUUUUUUGAUGUUUUGCGUCGACUCGGUUAAUAAUAUGUUAGCGGUCUGACGGCGAGACAUAAUAUUGUGAUUUAUUAUGACGAACAGUUCGGAUGUUCACGUCGACAACGGGAACCAAAAACAUUCUGGAACGAUACGCAUUAACCGUUAUCCUGGUUGCUGUCAUUUCGAUCGCAACAACGUGUAAAACCAGAGAGUGUAAUAUCAUUACGGAUAUUGUGGUUAUUAUUAUUUCUCGAUUCAAUAACAUAAUAAAACGUUAACUGAUUUGUUGUGAAAACAAAACUGACGCGGUAGAAUAAUAAUUAAACCGAAAAUUGCUUUACCGCGUUACGGCGGGUCUGCACCGUUAAAACAACGUACCAGUGUAGUAAUAGUCUAUCACAUGUGCUCCGAAACACUCGAUAUUAGUAUAAGAAUCAACAUAACAUUAUUCGCAUCGUACACGAUAAUAAUAUUAUAUAAAACCUAUAAUACGCGUGUGCCGGACGAUCCGCGAAAAAAGUUGUUUACGUUUUACAAUAAUUAUAAUAAUCGGCAGAUGAAUAAUGAUGUUAAGUAAGCGCUAUUUAUAUACGACGAUAAUGAACAUAUUGUAAUAUUUAAUCGUUAACCGAUUGAGCCAAAUAAUAUGCAAAUGUAUAUUAUUAUGUCAAUAUAUUUCACCAAAGCAUAGGCACCUAUGUAAAUCGUAUAUAAUCAUAUUAUGUUACGCAAACGACCCUACGGCGUUCAAAAUAAACAUUUCACGAUUGGUAAAAAACGACCAAUUAUUAUUACCGCGAUUUUCCGCCACCGGGGGUUAGUUAUUUUCGUAAAAAUCAUAAUAUUAAUAUUUACCAGUAUCUGGUGUUUAUCAGUCAUUCAGUCGGUUAGUUUAAUGGCGGAAAGUACACUAAAAUCAAUACGAAUUAUUUACAACAUUCUGCGUCGCAUAACUGAUUUUACGAUUUAAUAUUUUCAAUUCAUAACACAUGAUACGCGGCAUAAUUCGAUAUCCAAAAUCGAGAGUUACGCAAGUUACGAUAGUAAUUAAGUAUUAUGAUAUUGCUGCGACGUCGGCAUAUAAUAUUUACUGAUUGUUUAAUAUUACAAUUGUAAAAAGCGUUUGUGAAAAUCGUUACAGACUGUACUGGGAAAAAUAUUAACUAGAAAGUAUUUUAACAAAAUCAAAAGUUUGUUUCUGAAAGACAAACGUCAUAAAUUUGUCGUGUUUAUUCUAGAAGUACAACGUAUCAACGAAAAGUGUACACUUACUUCCUUUUGAUUAUUUAUUUCCGACGCCUUUUUCAUCGUGUCUAUUAUUAUUAUUUUAUAGUUUUCGUUGUUUUACUUUUGUGACGUGCCUGCGAUCCGUAAAAGCAAUUUAAGUCAGAAGUACAUAAAUACAUAAUAUGUUGAUCGCGAAAUUCAUCAAGAGUUGUUCUUGGCGGAAUACAAAUACCCUCGAGUUCGACGUGUAUAUAACUUGUGUAAAUAAAUCUAAACACGUCCAAAUACGCCAUCGUGUACUAUAAUAUGUACUGUUUAUCUCAAAACUUAAUUUAGUCAGUUGUAUUAUAAUAUACGUAAUGAUAUAAUAAUAUAAUAAAUAUAUAAAUGUCUAUGUCAAGUGUUCUAGUUCCUAUAUAACGUAAUUUAACUAAUAAUAUGACAAUUUAAGAGACUCGUUAUUAUACAUAUAUAGUAUAUACCUACGUUGAUAGAUUAAUCUGAUGGUCAUUUAUUUAUUAAUAAUAUUAUAUUGAUUGUAUCUAUGUAUGUGUAUAGUAUAUUAGUACUCGGCCAGAAAUACGCGUAUCGGUCUUGUGAUUACUGUGAUAAGGACUAGUUUCUAUCGAAAAACUGUUAUUAAACUGCAUUUAUGCAACAGUGACCCGGUGAUUGCUAGUUCAAAUCGUUCGAGGUAUAUAUGAUAUACCGAUAUAUUAUAAAUUAAAAUAAUACGACAUCACAAUAAAUAGUUUGAACAACACUAAAAUAAGUUACAGGCAAAGUAUGAAAUCGAACGUUGUACGCACAGUGAAUAGGUUGAGAUUGGGCCCCAUUAUUGUAAAAGUAGAAAAUGUAUACGCUAUAACCUUGUCGGGAUGUUGAGCAGGAUAUUAUAUUAAAUUACAAAUUUCCACAUCUAGAUAAAUCUAAUUUAAAUAACUCACAGUAAUAUAUGUAUAUAUAUUUGUUUUUAUUAUUAAAAUUGAUCUAUUAGAGUACUAUUUAAAUGGUAAGUGCGUGGAGUAUUUUGCAUACCUAUUUUUUAAUGUCAAAUGGUACAUAGAUCCUUUUGAGAUAUUUGUUUUACGAAUUUUGAACCAAAAUACGUACUAAAACAAUAAAAGUAUGAUUUCGUCUAAUUUCAGUUUUUUAUUUCUUCGUAAUUUUACAAUAAUUUUCGGUUUUUAAAUACCUAGAAAACUACACCGAAUUCGUGAUUUAUUAUAGUAAUAAUGAUGAUAGAUUUUUCAAUUUUUUUUUCUACAAUUUUAAGCGAUUAAAAUGAAUUUAGAAUUAGAACUUUUUAAAUUCUAAAAUAGUCGAUUUUUGGAUUAAGCCCUGAACAUUUCAUGUAAUUUCAAGUACGUCAUUUCAACUAUAUUGAAAUAAUCUCAAUAAUUUUUAAAUCAAAUAAUAAAAAAAAUUGAAUUUACCUACCAAAUCGCCUAGAUGAAAGUGAGAUUAUAUUAUCGGCAUAUCGAUAAAUAUAUGACGUACAAUAAUAUUAUCUGUAUCCUAUCCAAACGGCAUUUUUGUAAUCUAUUCUCAAUGCUGUUUAAUAUGAAAGACUCGUUCAUGUAUAAACUAAUAUAAUAUAGUGGUAUGCGUAUUAUCAUAUAUCCGGCAUAAUGCACAUCAUCGUCCACCGGGUUUACAGGUAAACCAUCGUAUCACUAUAAUAUGUUGGCUUAUCCACCCCAUAAUUCAUGCCCGGACAAUGGAAAUAUCUCAGCUGAAAUUCACGUUGCCAAAAACUUUCGGACGUCGUUUAUUAUUCUUCUGUUUCAUAGUUUGUCCGUGACGCGCUCCAUUUUUUAUAGGUAUCGCUGUAUUAUAAUAUACGUAUACGUCUUGCACAUAGGGUGCGCACACUCCGCGCGAGCUACUUUAAUAUAAAUCGAUGUAUCGUAUAAUAUUAUCUAGAUCGGUGUAUAUUAUGUGUCCCUUAUUUUUUACACUCACAUCAAUCCACCGCCAACAACUCCGCUCGCCAGACGAGGAGCGCGUAACAACGCAUGACCCGACGUGUCCUGUCCGCACACACGCAUGACACGGCACUGCGCUUUUUAGGAUACAAUACGUCAACGUAAUUCGCGUAUAUUACCGUCGUCUACACUAUACGGUACUCGCGAUACUGCGGAUCGAUAAUGCUCAUAUAAAAAAUAUGUAGGAACACAUAUUCGCAUUAUACUACGAAACACAAUAUUUUUUUCCUCGACUGUUUUUUAUAUACGCUUUUCGGGGCAACUAGUCGACGAGUCUGUACAGCCAAACGAAAACCCAGUGAAAUAGUCGUUUCGUGGAUUUUUCUCAAAGGUGUGUGUGUGUGUGAAUAUUAUUACAACGUGUACAGAUCCUGACAAAACGCGCGACUCUGUCGGCCGGAGUAGCCACGCGAUCGCGAUCGGGUUUCUCGCAAAAUCAUAUUAUCAUUAAUACGAAUUUCUUCCAUUUUUCACAAUACAACAAGACGUAACGAUCGAGUUUCAAAAAAAAAUAGUGACAGCGCGUAUGUGUGUAUAUUGUGGGUGUGCCCGAUCGUAUCGAUAAGACGUAAAUACAUUUAUAAUAUAUUAUAUAUUAUUAUAUUAAUUUUGUUAAAAAAAAAAAAAAACAUUAUUAUACAAAAUACACAGGCAUAUCACAAAUUAUCGUUUUUGAGACCUAUCCGCCCACUCGCCUGAUAAUGAACGAUUAUUAUUAUAAAUUCUAUCGCCGUUUGAUAGAAUUUUUAAUAAUACUAUAUUGGCCACAUCGACUCGAUUUACUAUUUGAAACUAUAGAGUACCUACAUGGCAUUUUUAUGAAUAAAUUAUUAAUACUUUUAUAUAUUGUGUAGCGUAAAUUAGUAUUGUAUAUUUAUAAGUCGUAUAUUAUAUUAUAAUUAUUCAUAAUAUUAUUAUAAUGCAAUAUUGCAAUGUGAAUACAAUUAUAGUACGUAAGACGUAACUCGUCGUGUAACCAAAUUUAAUUAUGUUCUUACGGUUUGUGAAUUUUUUCAUGAUAUUUUUUAUGUACAUUGUCUUUAGAAUUUUACUUAUAUCAAUGUAAUACGUUUUUACUAUAUCAUAACAGGUUUUGUGAAUAUCUAACACAAAAAAAGCGUGUAUAGAAAUCUGUAUUCCGAAAAACCUACUAGGUCUUGCGUAAAUAUGUGAUUUACAAUACAUACAAUUUGUAUGGUUUUUUUGUACAUUUUUUUUUUUAUACUUUUUAUUCUUCCAAAAAUGUAAAUAUGGAUUUUUCUAGAUUUAUGUUAUACGCUGGUCGAGGAUAAUGUUAUAACACUUUAAUUAAUUAUUUCUACAGAUGUUUUUUUGUAUAAUUUUCGUUACUGAAAUUAAUUUUAUAAUUAAUAACCGUUCGUAUGACGUCCCGAUUUUGAGUUAAUAUAUUUUUACCGUCCAAUAUAUUAGUUAAGUUUGUUAUAUACCAAAUUACUCGUGUCAGUGAAAUUUAUCGUUGUGAACUGUUCAAAUCCCUCCUUGAAAUUGUGCGAACUCCUAAAGUCGCAAUUAAAUUUCGAUGUAUUAUUGUUGUUAUUAUUAUUUUUACUUAUUUUCUGAGCUGUACUCAAAAUUAUAUUAAAUUUUAUCUCAGUCGCGUUGUUUUCGUCCGUCUAAGUGUAUCCGUCCAGUUGUUUAUGUUAUUGCAGCAUAGCUGUUUCAUGACAUAUUUUCGUCCGAUAUUACUUAAGUAUCGCUGAAAAUAAACAGAAUACUCUUUGGCAUUCGCGUGGUCCUUGCUUUGUAUCAUAAUAAUUAUACAUAGAUUUUUGAUUUAUUUUCUUUAGAUCUGUGUAUUUCAAUAAACAGAAAAAUUAAAACUGUGUACAUUAAAUAUUUAUUAUAUAAUAUAA